AGGCGCGGGGCGGGGUUCCGGUGGGCGCGCGUUGAGGCUGCGGUCAUGGAGGGACCCGGAGCUGGAUCCGGCUUCCGGAAGGAGCUGGUGAGCAGGCUGCUGCACCUGCACUUCAAGGAUGACAAGACCAAAGUGAGCGGGGAUGCGCUGCAGCUCAUGGUGGAGUUGCUGAAGGUCUUCGUUGUGGGUGAGCCCAGGGCCCACGCUCCCUCCGGGCACAGCAUCCGGAAUUCCUUUUGCGUUUUUCCAGCGGGAAAACCAAGACAUGUUUUCCCGUUUCCCAUAAGGGCCUAAACUUGGGUCUCCUGAGCCUGUUUGUCAGGUGAUGUGGCCUGGUUCUGGGGGCUGCCCGUGGGUGUGGGGGGGGGCACCGGCCCAGGCUGAGGCUCUCACUGGGCUCGGGUUUAAGAUCCCCCCGGCAUCCCCCACCUGUCGCGUUUCUCACCGCAGAAGCAGCAGUCCGCGGGGUGCGGCAGGCCCAGGCAGAAGACGCGCUCCGUGUGGACGUGGACCAGCUGGAGAAGGUGCUUCCGCAGCUGGUGCGUGAGCAUGGGUCGGGGCGCAAGUGGGGGUGCCCGGCUGGCUGGCCCUAAGUGCUUCUCUCCCCCACAGCUCCUGGACUUCUAGGGAUCUCAGCCGUGGCUGAAGCCACCCCCAGAGGAGCCCCUGGUCCACAGAAGCAGGCCUUGUGUUUCCAGCGGCCUCUGAUAACAGGCAGGGAAGGACCUGAGGGAUUUGGAGUUGAUUCAAACAAGAUCUCUGGGAGUCUCCAGCCUGUGCAGAAGGGGCAGGACUGCAGCACGCUGCUGGCCUUGGAGUGUCCAGUGGGGACACUGGUGUGGGAAGGGGCAGCACCUGGGGAGUCCCUGCCUCUCCUCCCUGGGGCAAUAGUGUGCAUGCAUGCCACCUGGGGUCCUACAGGCAGGUGCUGGGAAAGGCCUGGCCAGCAGGUAGCCUGUGUGUUUGACAAACAGCGGCUGGCAGCGCUGCCUCCUGCCCACAUUCCUGCCACCCGACAUCAAAGCUGGAGUGUGACCUUACCAGCCAUGCGAUAUUCCCCUUGGAAGAUACUUCUCCAGGCUAUAAAUUUGUUCUCACAAAGCAACACCAAUAAAUCAAAACUGUCUCUCCCA